UCUCCCUCUCCAAGAAACAAUUCUUCACUUUCUCUUCCAUGGAAUUUUUCAGAGGAGAAAUGGCUUGUGUCAUUGGCCAAAAUUGAGGUCUCCCCACAACAAACAUCUAGUCCUGGCUGCUGCCUUUCAUCUAUCAGCUGGUUUCAUGUCAGCAGCACUGUGGAAAAUGGGGAACAUUUGGACCAAUAGGGAUGGCUGCUGGAGAAGGACUAACCCAGCAUUAGCAAAUUAUGAACAGAAAACCAUGUUAAAAGAGAGGAGUAGGACCAACAGUUGUUCAAACCAAGAAGUUCCACAGCAAGACCAUCUACAAUCAUGUGAAGGGGAAGUGAACAGAGAUUUAAUCCAAGAAGAGCAAUAUAAUGAAGUUUCUGAAGACUCUGACAAAUUAAGCCAGGGUAUGUUUCCAUGGAAGACAAGUAAGUCCACUGGCUCUUUGGCUAGUGGAGAAGAGAGACAGAAGAAAGAGACUGCAGUGAUAAAUUUGACUAGACAUGAAAAGGAAAAAUGUAUUUCCAUUGAUGAACCUUCUUCAGCAAGUGCAGCUGGUGGACAGGAGAAACCUGCGUUAGAAACCAAAAAAGAACAUGCCUAUAAAAGACAUGGAAAAGCUGCUCAGGUGCAUGAUCUGAGCACAUUGCAGGCUAAUCAUGAUUUUUAUAAAAACUGUGAAGUAAAGAUGCCUGUUUCAAGCACCUCUUCAGCAACAGAGUCAUCUGUAGACAAUGAGGAGGACAUGUACCGUGAUGCAGAAGAAAUAGAGAGAGAAAAAGUAUUACCUGUUUGUGAGACAGGCUCCUCAGAAAAUAAACUCAGUGUUGCACCUGAAAUGGACAUCAUAGAAUAUUGCCGAAAAGAAUGGAGAGGAAAUACACCAGUGGCAAAACGUAUGAAAAAGGGCUAUGAAGCAGUUUCUCAGAAAUUUACCUCUAUAAGGAGAGUGAGAGGUGAUAACUAUUGUGCUCUCAGAGCAACAUUGUUCCAGGCACUGAGCCAAGCUUCUGAACUUCCUCACUGGCUUAAGAGUGAGGACUUAAUAUUGCUUCCAGAAAAGCUGCUGAGCAAAUAUGACUGGAUCAAACAGUGGCAACUCAGACAGAAACUGGGCAGGAAGAUGGGAGAACUAAGUGAUGAAAUUAAAGACUACCUUAUACUUCUAAAGAAGAAGUGGGAGACUAUGAGCGAAAUAAAAAGCCUUGUAGAGAGGCAAGCAGCUUGUGAUGAAUUGUUUACAAAUGAAGAGGAGGAGUACAGUCUCUAUGAAGCUGUAAAAUUUUUGAUGCUGAACACAGCCAUUGAAUUAUAUGAUGAAGAUAAAAAAGGAAAGAAAGUACCUGUGUUCUCAUGGCUGCUGUUUGCCCGGGAUACAUCCAGCAACCCCAGUCAGCUAAUGAAUAAUCACUUAAAUCAAAUAGGUCACACUGGAGGUCUUGAGCAGGUGGAAAUGUUUCUUCUUGCAUAUACUCUCCAGUAUUCCAUAAGAGUGUAUCGACUGUAUAAAUACAGCACUGAUGAAUUCAUCACACUUUAUCCCAAUGAUCCAGAGGAGGACUGGCCUGUGGUGACGCUUAUAACAGAAGAUGACAGACAUUAUAAUAUUCCAGUCAGAAUGUGUGAAGAGACUAGCUUGUAAACAAGAUAUUUUGGCAGACUGAUCAAUUUGAUACCCAAGUCUGAUCUGGAUGUUAAAUUUCCAACACUAUUUUGAAAUAAAGUCAUGAUGAGAUUUAUGUGAUAAAACCUAUUGGACCUUGAGUUACAAAGGUUUGAACUGAAAUGCCACAUUGGAUCUCUGUAGCAGGCUUAUUUUGGGCUGGCAGGCCAAGUUGGUCUUGUGGGUAGAUCAUGGGCGUGGGUGGAUCAUGGGCAUGGUGGCUGAGCUGGUCUGUUUUUUCUUUGUGCUCCAUAUUGGGGGAGGGGAGAAGGUAUGGAAACUUAGGCUCUCCCUCUCCAUCAGGUCCCGGCCCAAGGGGAGAGGAGCAUCUCUUGGUUAUACUCUAGACCAGCUUCCCCACGCCACUGCUCACCUCCCAGUUCUCCCUUUGGUUGGAGAAUGCUAGCAGCUUGCUUGGCCUCCUCCAGCAGAGAGUUCCCAGUUAGUCUCAGCAGUUCAAAUAGUCAGAGCAUGCUCAGUGUCCAGUUACUCUCCCUUGUCAGGGAGCAGAGAAGGGAAUAGGAUCAUGCCUGCAGCCUCCCAGGUAUGUCUUACCCACAUUACAGACCCUUCUGUGGAUUGUUCAAUACCAGAAAUUGCGAUCUGGCUUCCUUUACACAGACAGCCCCUCUUUUCCCGCUUAAUUAUUGGAGUUGCCAUUUAAGCUGGAGAGCGUGCUCUGCGGUUGCUAUACUGCUCCAUUACUCCCGUAGCCUUUGUGUGCUGUCUGUAAACCCCAUCACAACCUCCCUUUUAAAGAACAACUGAUUAAGAAAAUAAAGUUGGUUUCUUUUGUGUAAAUGAAUUUUCAUGGUGCUCUCUGGAACAAAUUUCCUAAAUGGAUUAUGCAUAAUAAAAGAAUAUAAAACUUGUUACUUAGGAAGCAGGUACAAUGGAAAUAAUUUUUUUUCUAAAAGGGCAUGGCAGAGAGACUUGGUAAUUGGGGUUACAGAGUAGUUUUCCUGUAAGUCCACUGUUUGGAUCCUACUCAGCUCUGUAUUGUCUCAAAGUCAUUAACAUGUGGUGGCAUUUUGGUAAUGUAUGAAAUAAACUAGUGUCAGUCCUGUUCCUGAUGAAA